AUGGCGGCCACAAGCCUAACACUCAGCCAGCUUUUCCAGAGCACAGACAUAAGCCUGCUGUUCGCAGAUGCCAUUGAGAAUGAGAAUGGAAAUUGCGCCGUCAAUGUUGAGCGCUUACGAGCAUUUUUGCAGGAAAUCCUUACUCUUGGACAGUUGUGGAAGAAGUGGAACCCUUACCGGGAUACUGAGUGGUCAAAGCAUAAUACAAACCUGUCAGCAAGUCCAGUGAGACCAUUCGUUGACGACGACGAUGAUCCUCACUUCCUCGAAGCAUUGGACGUGUUCCGUGGCGAACCAAAAGUCUUUUUGGCCAAGCUCAUCGCACGGAUUGACGUCGUGGCUGGCUCUGGGUUGAGAGAUGUGUUCAUGUCACUCCUAAGCUCGCAAGUCGAGAAUGAGACCGCGAUCCAUUUCAAGCAGAAAGCGUACCGUUACGAUAUCCGCCUGGAGCUUGACUCACAAACACAGCAGUUGCUAUACCUCUUCCGGGAUAAUAGGGAUGCGGCGGACCACUUCACCAUCUUCGCCCAUCACCUACCCAUAGACGCAGUCCAUGCCAUCGAACAGUCAGUACGUCAAGUCAAAAACCUCAGCCAUAGUUGGCGAGCAUUGUCACACAGGCUGGCAAAUUUCGCUGAAGCGGCGGGAAUUCCGAACCUGCCCUUCAACCCAUUCGAGAUCUUCGAAGCCCUCCGCAACUUCACGUACCAGCCUCUGUCAAAUGGGCGGGAAGCAGAGCUAGUUGCCAAGAUUGAGGUCCUGAAAGGUUUGCUUGCGGACAAAGAUGCCGAGCUGCAGAAGCAAACUCGGAUAAUCACCAAUUUGGGAUAUCGGAAUCUGCUCGAGAAUCUUCCAGAGCGGCAGUUCGGAUCCAGAAAGACCAGUACAGACCUGUGGAAAGACUUCUGGACACAGGCAAUCAACGACUGUCGUGCAGCAGGUGCCAAUGCCAAACCUGGCCAUCCUCUGGAAGGGCUGCUCAGCAAGUUCCCCAAAAGUGGCCAACUUAUCAGAAGCGGCCAGGACCUGUAUCCAAGAUUGAGCACAAACAUUCACCAUUCUUCAGGCUGGUACGCCAUUGACCUGAACCAAUGGGAUACGAUGGAGGGCGCCAUCCUGCAGGCCUUGACACCAAUGUACUAUGUCGAAGGCCAGUCAACCUUGGUCGAGCGCCGUAGCAACCACCCCAAUCAAGAACUUCAAUCAAAAUCCGUCAAGCGACACGCAUCAUCCGCCAUGGGCUGGCUAGGCGACAAAUACAUCGCGUUCAAGAACCACAAGAAUGGGCGCAAUCCCGACGGCUCGUCCAAGAUUAGCGAAGCCGAUCUGAUCAAAUACACGGGCCACGACCAGGCCAGCUUGGACAAGUGGGCGGCCAACACUCCUGGAGUGGCCGGGAACCAGACCGCUGGAGCGAUCACGGCGGGCGGUAACAGUGGACUGUAUAGCGGCGGGUAUACCAGUUUCGACGCCCAUCACGUCGCUGAUGGGAAGAAGAGGUAG